AGAAUAGACAAAGCAUGGCUUUCAUCUGUGAGUGUUGUGAUUAGUUGUGAAUCGCAACAUAAUUUGAUGUUCAUUGAAUAAUAAUCUUGGAAUUAAAUCAAAACUUGUAAUAGCAAGUAUGUUAUAACAAUUUUUAGGAGAAGUUAAACCCCGUCUUUAUCCCACCCCCAUAAAAAAAAGAAUUAAUAAAUUAUUACUAAAGAAAAUAAACUUAGUACUUAGGUAAGAAUCUGUUACUGUUUUAGUAGUCUAGUAGUGUUUUAGUUUUAGGUUAGCUUUUUCCCCUUACUAGUCUUUCUUCUGUUACUCGCACACCUAACCAAAUCCAUCCACGAUAACAUGUAGACAAGCAUACUAUAUGGUUACAGUUACAGACUGAGUUUGAGCUAACUAUGUAACAAUCUAUGUAAUAAGACUAAGUAAGUAGCCUACAUUUAAAUGAAAUACUAAGUGAUACUAAUAGUAAUAGUCAUAGCCUAUAGACUAUAGACAGUCAAAUAAAUUUGCAUAAUCUUAUUUGUCGUUUGACAGGGAUCAUCCCAAUAUAUGGAAACUAUUUUUGUCUGAUCUGAUCAAAUUUGUUCCCCGUUUCAAUCUAAUCUCAUCAUUUGGUAGAUUUUCAUUUAUUUUAUUUUUAUUUUAAGCUACAUAUUUUGGUCUCGUACACAUCAUAGUAUAAGUAUCAGAACUUGGUGUUAGUAUCUAAUUCCAGAUUUACUUUUAAACUAAGCUAUCAUCUCAGAUUAUGAUUAGAGAUGGAAAAUAUGUGAUUUUCUGAUUUGAAGUGUCUACAUGUCCUAGUGCGCAAGAUAUACGUCCGGCGGCAUGUCACGUGACCGCCGGACGGCUAGUAGUUUUUAUAAUUUCGAACGAAAUGCAAUGUAGUAGAUCUUGUGUGGUCUACUGGUAGAGUGGUCGCUUGACGAUAUUAUGAUUAUUAUCAAUACCGGGGAUAGGAUCGUUUUUUUUCUUCCUGUUUUAAUUAAAAUAUUUUAUCCUAUAUUUAAAUUAUCAUGUUCAUCAGCAACAGUAGUUUCAUGAGAAGUUUUUAAAUAUUUUGUAGCAAUUUAAACAAUUUAAAAUGAAAUCUUUGACUUUUAUUGGUUGCCCACUACAUACUGGCCCCUAAUUUAUUUUAUGGAUUACUGGUACACAAACUCAAAUAGCAAACUAAACAAAAAUGUUUACAAGCCACUUUCACUUAAGUUUUUUUCUAUUAUUUGCAUGCAAGAUGUACAUUACUUGGUAGAGAAAUAGAUUUUAAAAUUAACAAUAGUUUUGAAUCAUUCGCGGUCACGUGAUAAGGCUGAUGGACAAAAUAUCUCUCGGCACUUUGUUACGGCGGUCAUGUGACCUGGUCGCCGGACGAAUAUCUCGAUAAAGUAUUCUUCCGGCGGUCAUGUGACUUGGUCGUCGGACAAAUAGUGCGGGAGAUAUACGUCCGGCGCGCCUUUCUGAUUUUGACAGAAACCAGACCGAAAGUUAAAAAUGACUUUCGGCGGAAACCAUAGCCAUAAGCUUAACAAGACUUUAAAUUGAAAGAUUUAAAUAUUUCAAAACUCGUUUGCACGUUUUGCGUUCUUUAGAAAAAAUUAUGGGUGGAAUAUCAAUAUGUACAUUCUUUUUAUCAAUUUUAAUAGAUAAAAAUCUAAUGGAUGCUUUGUCUUUUACCAUACGACGUUUAGUAUACUAACAUAGUAGGCCUACUAUAUAAUAAUAUUAUAAUAAUAAUAAUUAUAUAGUAUAUAAUUAUUGUACGAAAUAGUGAUACAUGCACAGGUGAGUGUAGGCUUAUGAUUUAAAUUAAAGGCUAUUUUAUGCCUAAUCACAGACUGUUUACUUAUAUGAUUUUGGCAUACAAUGUACGAUUUUGGGAUGUCUUUUAUGAGUGUAUGCCAAAACCUCUUAGAACUACAAAUUUACGAAACUGGAUUAAAAAUAUUCUUCUGGUCGUUUUUUCGAUUAAAAAAAUUAUAAUGGAAAUAUUACUAUUGCCUAGUAUUUUUUUUCUUUCUCAAAUACUCUUUGCCUGUAACUGAAAAUAAACCAAAAUUUAACGUUUUUGUUUCGUCCAAAACCAAAACUAUGCCAAAAGUGAUCAAAUGGCAACUUUCGGCACCGAAACUGAAACUCAGUGGGCCUCUAAUUCAGAUCCAAUAGCAAUUUGGGUAUGUGCCCUUUAGCCCAUGCCAUGUUGAAGAAUUUAAACACACUCCACAGCUGUUCUUUGUUUGUAUUUAGGGUGUUAGUAUUAGUCUGGUAUUUUUGGUUGAUGAUUUAGGUGUAAGACCUGAAUUGCUGGACAGUGGAAGAAGUGAAUUAAUUAAGCUAAAGUUAAUGUUUAAAGACGGUAAAGCUAACUUUCUAAGCUUGUAAGUUGUAUUUCACAACAUGUGUUUAUUUCAUUUAUUGAUGAAUAAGUCCACUUUGUAUAUGAGGCGUAUGCAAAAUGUUCCGCCUGCAACCUACUUUUUAUAUUCCAUAAUCUUCUCAUGACUAUAAUAAAUCUCCAUCUGUUUAGAGAUUUUCCCACAAAAAAAUAAAGAUAUUCCUUAGAAAAGUAUAUUCAAAAGAAAAAUACGCAAGUAUUUAAAAAAAAAUCCAUUUUCGUUUUUAAUAUAGGCCUAGAGUAAUUUGUACAAUGUCAAUUAGUCCAAAUAAGGCCUGCCUAAAUUAUUUAUAUAAGUGAUAGGCCUAAUGUAAUUAAUUUAUGUUUUCUAAUUGUUUAAAUUUAUUUUCUCUUCAUCAGCCUGUAAAAUGGCCUUUUCUCAGAAUCCAAGUAAAAUAUUUACUGGUUUUAGGGCAUUGGGUUUUGUCAGCAAUCAUAUUCCUCUUGCUACUCGCUACCAUAAAAGACAUAAAGACAACUACGUGAUAACAUGUGUUGGACGGGCCUUUCAUGUUUAUAAUGUAAGUUUUUUUUAUGGCAUAGAGAUGUAUGUGAUACCAUUAUAUAAUAUGUUUAUAAAAUAUUUGUUUUAAGGAUUAAAAGAAAACUUUAAUUUAAAAAAAAAGCUUUUUGAACACACACACAAACACAUUUACUUUAGAUAUUUUCAAAACAUUAUAGGGACUACAAAAAUGCAUUUGUAAUGUUGUUUCUUCCCCUGCUUGUUUUUUAACUGGAGCUAUUUAUGACUUAUAAAACUUUAUUUUCAGAUCAGCAAGCUUGGUAUAGUUGCUGUUAGUAAGUAUUUUGGUUCAAUAAUUGAAAAAAAAUUUGUGUUGAAUUUUGUCAGUUUUGUAAUAUACUCUAAAAUCAGUGUAUUUUAAUUAUUUUUUAAAUACACAAAGUAUUUUGCUAAUGUCUCAAGUUUAAUUUCUUUAAUCAAGUUAAAUCUUUAACUAUUUUCAGGCCUACAAUUUUCUUUUUGUUUCCCUAGGUGACUCACAUCCUGAAGAUAUAAGUGCAGUAGCUGUAGAUUUCCGAUAUGUCUUCACAGCUGCUGGAAAAGAAGUCUUUUUAGUAGCGAGAAACAAAAAGGUUCAGCCAUUUAAAACACGUUUUACAUUUCUGUCAUCAUUAUUUAAAAUAACAUGUAGGCUACAUGAUGCAAUUUUCAAGGUAAGAAAUGUCUGCAUAAGCAUAUUCCAAUAAGGGUUAAACCUUAACAAACAGAAAUUGUAUGUUUUAUGCAGAUUGAAAAGACACUCAAAGGACACAAGGCUGAUGUGACUUUAUUACUACCUUUUGGUCAUCACUUGAUUUCAGUUGAUGCAGAAGGAUUUUUGAUUGUUUGGGAUAUCAAGUCCAAAGGUUAGUGUGUUGCUUAACUUUAAACAAAAAUUAAAAUUUAUAUAUAUAUUUUUGUUAUGCCUAUGUAUCUAGAAUCUUUCUUUUUUUUCACUUAGCCUUGUGGCCCAUUUGCGUGUUUCCAUUUUGAUCACUUAUAUAUAGGAUAGAAAAAAAAUGUUAUUGCAAAUAAUUUAUCUGGUUGUGUUUCCUUAUUUUCAGAACAGUAUUUGCAAAUUAAGUUUGACCCUUUGGCCUUUGCCGUGACUGCUAUAGCUCAUCCACACACUUAUGUAAACAAAUUUCUUCUUGGGAGUGAGCAGGGCACACUUCAACUCUGGAAUGUCCACACAAAUAAACUGAUCUACACAUUUGCAGGCUGGGGAAGUAGCAUAACAGCUGUUGUACAGGUAGCUUGUUGACAUUGGGAGGGAGAGCAAGUUUUUGUUUGUAAUUUGUAUCUAGGGAGCAUAAAAUAAUUCAUUUUAAAAUAUCUUACAUUUAUUUUUUUUCCUACUCAUUUCCCUCACAUGUACUAAAUGUAUAGCUUUAGGAUUUAAAAUUUAAUAAAAAAAUAUAUUUUAUCUUAUUUAUUUUUCAAAAAAUUAUUUUGCAAUUAUAAAUAAAAAUCACAUUACAAAAUACAUUUGCCCUUUUUAAAUGGGAUAGAAAUAUUUCAAGGAAUACUUCAGUCUUUUCACACCCUUAAUUCCCAUUAGUCAUCAAUUUUUAUUCCUGCAUUUAAUUGUAAUGUCAUAUUGAUUUAGUCUACAGCAAUUGAUGUGAUGGCUAUUGGUUUAGAAGAUGGACAAGUCAUCCUUCAUAAUCUUGCUUUAGACAAAACAAUAGUAAAAUUCAAACAAGAUUUUGGACCAAUUACAAGAAUAGGGUUUAGAACAGGUAUUUGUAAAAAAUAUGACUAUUUCUAAAAAAAAAAUUGGUUAGUUAUGUCUUGUAAUGUUGAGUUAUAUAAUGUAAUUAUAUUGCAUUUGGAAUGCAUCUGCCUUAUAUUCAAGAUGUGGCAUGUUCAAAUUCAUGCAGUGUCAUUAAUAAAAUGUGGCAGAUAGCUGCGAGAAAAUGGACUUGUGUUCCCAGUAAGGCAGUUUUGCUAGUGAGAGGAUUAAAGCAGCAAAAUACCUUCCAAUUAAAGAAGAUGGAGUUAACUAAAAAUAAGCUGUCUGUGCUAUGGGUGACUCACAAAAACAAAAUAGGUGUCAAAUGACAACAAUUUUUGUAAAGUGCAACUUUGAUUAUUUGAAAAAUGUACUUACUGUUACCAUGCUCAUAAGUUCUGUUUUACAAUUUUCAAGAUUUUGUUGAGUGCAGUAAUUUGAGUGCAAUAAUUUAAUAAUUAUUGACUAUUUGUGUUCCAGAUGGCCAUCCAAUGAUGGUAACAGGAAGUGCUGCAGGGCACAUAGCGCUAUGGGAUCUAGAAAACCGGAAGUUACAUAGUUACUUGAAGGAUGCCCACUUUGCCUCUGUCACUGGUCUUGAAUGUCUUCCAUCUGAGCCUCUCAUGGUUACAUCUGCUGCUGAUAAUUCCUUGAAGGUAUGUUACAAAAAUUUUCAAAAAAUAUGUAUUUCAUCUUGUAAGUAAAGUUCUUAGCAUGAAACAUUACAGUUCAAUAGAAUAGGUGUGGAGUCUUUGAAGGAAAAAGUGCUCACCAGCAAACUAAAUAAGCAUGAUAAGGAUGAACUUACUCUUAAAUAAAUUACUAAGUUUUCACCCUAAAAAAUGAAAUAAAAAUAAAUUUAGGUCAGUCAGUAACGCUAGACUCAUUGAGUUGCUGACUUGGACAAAAUGACUCAAGAUGAUAAACUCAAGACCAUCAAUUUAGUCUGUACUGUACUCAUUCAUUUACACACAAUACAGGUUUGGAUUUUUGAUCUCCCUGAUGGUGGUGCUCGUCUUUUGAGGCUCAGAGAAGGACACAGUGCCCCACCCUCCUCCAUUCAGUUUUAUGGCAAUGAUGGUCAGAACAUUCUCUCUGCAGGUUUGUUCAUUGUUAAAUAAUUUUUUCCCCCCACUUGAAUGCAUACAUACUAUUAAAGAAGGAAAAGAUUUUAAAAAAAAUAUAAAUUAAUAUAUUUGUUUGAUAAAAAAAACAUGCACAAAUCAAGCUUUCUUCAAAGUGACCAAAUUUAACUUAGUAAAAACAUAAUGAAAUUUGUGUACUGGUGUAUUUUAUUGUAGACUUAAAAAAGAUUAAAUCCUCAACAGACAGCCUUUGGGGUACAUAGUUGAGUAUCUCACAACCAGAAAAGUUAUUAGGCUUGAGUUUAUCCAGGGUUAUUUCCAGCUGUGGGGGUGAAAAGGACUGAUCUGCCUAGUAAGGCAGCUUUUCUUGGGAAUGAGAAGACAGCAGCAAAGUUGUGGGAUAAUAAAUUGCAUUUCCAACUUAAAACAAUAUAAUAUAGUUCAUUAAAAAAGUUGUUUAAGUUCUCAAACUAAAUUAAAAUUUGCCUUAAUAUUUUUGUCCACAUCAGGUCAUGAUAGCACAAUGAGAUCUUUUUCCACUGUUCAUGACAAAUUUAACAAAAGUUUGGGCAGAGCCUCAUACCUGAAGAAGGCAUCAAAGAGGGCUGGUCUGAAGUUGGAUAAACACAAGAUGCCACCUAUUGUGAAAUUUGUAGCAGGUUUCUACUUUUAUUUGGUAUCUCUCAAGAUACCUUCAUUUUCAAUGAAUUUUCUUUCAAGCUAUUUUAAAAAAGGGAGGCAUUAGAAAUUAUUGUUUAUUAAAUAUAGAAAAUAUGACCUAUAAAAUACCUUAAUCUCCAAAAGAAGAAUUUAUUGCUUAAAAAGGCUUUAUUGUGUUAUUUUAAAGAAAUUUGGGGACAUGAUGUGAUGAUAAAAAUUGCUUUAAAAGUUAUGCAAUCCAUUAGAGUAGAUUAGAAAAAUCUACCAUACUUUUCCAUUCUAAAAUGCAGAGCCAAGCAGAGAAAGUGAUUGGGACAAUGUUCUGGCUUGUCACAGAGGACUUGAUCUGGUAUCUACCUGGAACUAUCAAAGGUCUACAAUGGGCAAACACAUGAUAACACAUAAGAGAUUCAAGACUGAUGUUUCUGAACACUCGAUCCAUGCAACUGUAAGCAAAACUCUCAUUGUAUUUAUUUAAAGCAGAUUGACAAUUUCUUUAUGUGCUUACAUACACUAGAAAUGAGAUGGUAUUAAUGUGUAAAGCAGUAUUUAGGAGAAGUAACUUUUGAUUUUGCUAAAUCGUUAAAGUUUAAUAGACCCUGGUGUCUGUUAGUUUUAAUAUUAAUGAUCAUUAUUUUAAAAAUUAAUUUGGAAAAGUGUUAAGUUAAAGAUUCAGAUAAUUCUUGAUUGCUUCUUUCUCAAGCUGUUGAAAGUGUUAAGCUGGAGAGAUGAAGAUAAUUUCUUGUAUGUUUCCUUCUCAGGCUGUUGAGAUCAGUUCCUGUGGUAACUUUGGUUUCAUAGGAUACAGCACAGGUCAUGUAGACAUGUACAACAUGCAAUCCGGUGAAUACAGAGCUGGUACACAAGGUAUUUUUUUAGUUUGAUUAAAUUACUGGGUAACAAAGUGAUAUGAUCAGUUAGAUUUCAUAAAUUUGAACUUUGGGUAUAGAGAAAUACUUACUUUAAGAAUAUAUGUAUUUACUAUAAGAAUAAAUGUAUUUAAAAAUAUAGAGCUUAAGUGUAAAUGUUUCUGUAAAGAAAAUAAAUAAAACGGAAUAAAAUGCACUUUUUGAAAAAAUUGUAAAAAAUUCGACGCAGCCCAACAUAAGUUAAACACAAAAUGUUGUAAUGUUCCUAUUUCAGCUCACUACUGCACAGUGAGAGGUAUUGCUUGUGAUGCUCUCAACCAGAAAAUCGUUACAGCUGGUUCUGAUGGCAAUUUGCGAUUUUGGCGGUUUAAAUUUAAGGAGCUUCUUGGGGAGCUCAAAUUAGAUGUCUUCAUCUCACAAAUCUUGCUGCAUAGAGACAGGUGAGCUCUACUCUAACCAGACAUUACUUUUCAUUAAAUUAUACUCAUCAGUUUAACUUGAUUCUUUCAAUUUUAUAUAUUUUAUGUAUUUAUAGGCCUAUCAAUAAUCCUACACCUCACUUAACUUCUAUCAUCUCAUCAUAUGAUGGGUAUUUUGAUCUACCCUGUGUUAUAUUUAUUAUUACAUUGCAUACAAUUUAAAAUUAAAACCAACAUACUAGAUAUGGUUACUAUUACUUAUUUAAGUACUAUGUUACAAUAAGCUCAAAUUAAUAGAACAUUUUUUUUUAUAGUUCUAUGUUGGCUGUUGCACUUGAUGAUUUCACAGUCAGUGUAGUUGAUAUGGAUACCAGAAAAAAAGUGAGGCAUUUUACUGGUCACUCAUCCUCCAUCUCAGACAUGGUGAGCAUUUUUAAAACUCUUUCUCGGUCAUUGCAUGUGCCAACUUAAUACAAAGUUGAGGUGCCCUUUUCAAAUCCUCCAAUAAUUUCAUGAUAAUUUAAAAUUGCUGGGUUGCCGAGCAGUCUAAACCGAGUAAAAUCCCAAGCUUCUGUUCUGGAGUUGGGUUCCCAUCAAAACCUAGACGAGCAAAAACAUCCCCAGCACCCUGGGUGGAUGGGACUUGUUAACCUUGGAUGGCAUCUUAUCUAAGAGAAGGAAAACUCUGGUGAUAACAUUGACACAAUGAAAAUUCCGAAAACUCCUGUGACACUAUAGUUGCCAAGCUCUAUCAUUCACAUAUGAUGUUCCUUUGGGUUAUUCAAGUGUGUAGAGAGAGGUGAUUUGCUGUCUAGGGAACCAGCUUAUCCUCUUUAAAAAAAAUCCUAGGCCUUGUGAUUUCCAUUACGCAAGGUCUCAUUGUGACAGAGGAUCUCAGAGAAUUUUUUUUUUAAUAAUGUAAAACGCAUUGUUAAAAAAGCUUUCCAUUUCCAUGAAAUAGUAGAACAAGGUAUGUUGAAGCUUGAAUUAAUAGACAGGACAACAGAUAUUUCAAUUAUUAUCUUUUAUUUCCAUUACCAUUCAAUGAAAUUAUUGAGUUAUCUGGAUUUAUUUCAUUACUCCCUUUUCUUAUAUAAUAAAGUAUCUGCAUGUCAAUGAAAUUUUAUUUUUCAUGACAAUGAAAUUAUGAGAUCCAUACAAUGGUUUCAGACUUUCAGAGCAGAUUGCAGAUGGUUGAUAACUGCAAGCAUGGACUGUAGCAUCAGAACUUGGAACUUACCAACUGGCAAGUAAGUCAAACAUUUUGUGUCAUGUGACAAUUGUCUAAAUUUUGUAAUGAUCUUUCUUUGUCUGACAUUUAAAAUGCGGUUUCUCUAAAAUGAAUUCACUAAGAGAUAUGUUGCUAUUGAAACACUAUUGCUAUUGAGGGCACUGUAAACACACCAUAGAGUGUACACGCUGACAAAACCUAAAGCACCAAGCCAAAUCGUUGCGAGCGUUCGCAGAGGGCCUUCAAGACCAUUUGAUCUUGAAAGUUACGUCGAGACCCGAGAUAAAACACCAAUUUCAGCGAAAUCUUUUAACAGAGCCGAAGGAAACGACGAACAAUUUGCAGAGAUGAGUCACCAGCAACCAAAACCAACAUUUCAACAGCAGCAGAGUAGGAGAACAACUAAACAAAGGCAGCAGCCCUCUAUAAACCAAGACCCGACCCUGCAUGAAAAUCAUAUGGAAAUGGCUACUUUAUUGAGCAGAGAGUGGAAGAAAGUACAAGACUGUCAAAUAAAGGGAAAAGAUGCAGAUUCAGGUUAUGAGACUUACCUUGAUAAAGAGCCCAGGAAGCGUAGUAUAGACAGUAAUUUUCAACCAUUUGAUUUGGAAAAAUUUUGGGGAACAAGGACACUAACAAAUGCUUUAGGAAAGCCAACCAGCUGAGAGUGAUGCUCCACGUGCCUUGUAUCCAUUAUCCUGUCCUAUAUAACAACAGCAGCAGCAGCAAAUAAGUCAGUGUUUUGAACAAUAUCGAUCAUGAUCAUCUUGUAAAGCAUCAUCCACCAUGCAGCAUCUCAUCUAGAUUGCUGGAUGUCAUUACCAGUUUGACAUGAUAAGUCCACAACCCAGGAAUAGCUUUAAAAAACAGCCUCUUCUAGAUAACUGACAUUGAUAUGGAUUUAUAUUUAGUUGCAAUCACAACACUUUAUUGUUUAGAUACAGAUUAAUAAAAAUGUGUUUUUUCUUAGUGAGCUGCAAUGUUCAUCAGUUUAUUUGUGUUUUGAAGUAUAAAUUCAAAGUAGCAAAGGGGUAAUGAGUUUACAAAGAAGUAGUAGGGGUGCCAGCUGUGGCGUUUAGAAUAGCUGUGAAGUUUCUUAUAGUAGCAGAGAAUAAUUUUAAAAAUGGUCUUGUGUCAAUUAUGUGAUAAGAUGAUGAAUUAUGCAUUUUCCCAUACCAUAUAUUUUAAAAAAAAUAAAAAAAAUUGUGUUUUUUUUAAAAAGUCAAACAUUAUUAUUGAUUCCUUGAUAGGCUUAGGUGUGCUUAAUAAUUUUGAAAAGAAUUAUUUUAACCAUAGUAUAUUAUAUUGAUUGAUUUUUUUCUCUCUUACUGAAGAGCAUGGGCCUAUAUUUGACAUUGUGAAGGCUGGUCAAAUUGCUGUACAUAAAUAUUUAGGGAGACAAAAAUUAAGUCAAGUUUAAAAAAAACUAUUUUGAACGAAUUCUCAGCUUUUUUUGAUGACAUUUAGAGGUGCAAUUGGACACUGUAGAGAAUCAUUUUUUUUUUUUAAUCUGGAUAAUUUGAACUCCGAGUUACAGCGCUAUUUAUUUCAAGAUUUGUAGUGCAAUACACUAGGCACAUGUUUAAGCUGAACAAGAUAAAUGAAAGAAGAACAAGAUAAAUGAAAGUUAAGGGUUUUUUUUUUAUUUCACCCCUUUCUUAUUGUUUUAUUUAGUGCAUAAAUGGUGUGUCAAUUCACAUUUUUUGUUACCUGGUUAGACUUUUUUUUUUUGAGCACAUGAUUUUCAGCAUGAAGUAUUGCAAGAGCAAAUUAAUUUAAUCAUUAAAUUUUAGUAUUGUGUAUGACUUCGUCUAUUCAUUAAAUGUUAAUUGAAAAAACCUAUGUAUUUUCGGAUGCCUGCAUUUAUUUGUACUUGAACAGAACCCUGUGAGAAUAUGAUGAAGGGUCAAGCAUUGAUCCUGAAAUUAUCUGAAAAGUUUUAAUAAGCAAAUCAAUUUUAGUUGGCUCCUCUGGUCUUAGUGGCCAGAUCUUACUUGUAAAAUUACGAGAAGAAAAGAUUAUUUUUUUAAAAUAUUAACGCUUUUAGGUUAAUGGGUCAAGGCUGGUCAACUAGCAUUACAUUUGUUCAUAAUUUACUACCAGUACAUAAUAACUAGCAUCACAUCUGUUCUUAAUUUGCUAUGGUAUGGACUCUUUUGAAAUAUUGAUUUGAAAUUGUACAACAUGUGAUCAUCGUCAAAGCUCUAGAAGCUCUACAUGCAUAGGAGCCAAAAUGAUCAAUAAAUUGAUCGUGGGCCCUUAAGAUAUAGAAGAAGAAGAAACAACUAACCACCAUGACUUAAUGCCCAAUAAAUUCUCUUCCAUGAAUUAGCCACUGGCUAGGAUCUAUUAUUUUGUAUAUUUGAGGAUGAGUCAAUAUUUAUCUGCAUUGCAUUUGUGUUUCUCUUGGAAGCAGUCUUUUUUCCUUAUCAUUGCUAGGCAGGGUUUCUGUCUUAUCACUGCCAUGAAGUUUGAAGUUUGUGAGGAGGUCAGUUCCAUUAUCCCUGCCAUGAAAAGGACCACAGCGGCCCUCCAUUCCAAAUGCACAAUAGAAAAGUUUUUAAUGAGUUUUUUUUGUUGUUUUUUUAAUGUGUAAUUGGGCUAAAAUCUACCCAAUACUUUAAGCACAAUACAGGGAAAUUAACUUGAAAUUUCAAAAUAGUUUUUUUAAGGUGUUACUCUUAGGUAAUGGAACCAACAAUUCAAUGCUAAGUGCUCAUACCUACACUUUUUAAACUCUCCAGAAACUCUGUAUAGUGAGGGAAAACUCAUCCUUUUAGAUUAUCUCCUCUUUUAUCCACUAAAAGAGACCCAAUGGGUUGUCAGUUGACCUUUAAUUCAGUGCUGCAGGAAGUAUACUUUGCUCUCAAAAUAUUUUUUUCCGUUUGUAUUGAAAUUAAGUUUGUGGCUGCAAUGAUGAUAAUUCAUGACCCAUCCUUGUACUAAAUGAAUUCUAAUUUUUUUGCCUAGGUUGAUAGAUGUUUUUCUGCUGCAGUCAGCAGCAACUUCCAUUUCUAUGUCUCCUUGUGGUAAUUUCCUGGCCACAAUACAUGUGGGUGAUGUAGGUGUUUACCUGUGGUCAAACAAAACUCUCUACACACAUGUGUCCUUGACACCUUUACCAGAAGAUUACAUACCAAAGUGUGCAGACUUACCUAACACAGCGGCUAUGGAUGAAGGUACGCUUCUAUUUCUAGCAUUUAAUAAUAGUUUGUGAUAAAGGGUCUGAUUGCUUAUUAAAACUUCUAAUCUUAUCCUUUUUCUGGAUAGAGUCAUCUGAAUUGGUUCAAAGCAAUUUGGAAGAAGGUACUGAAGAGGACCAAUACAAGUCCCCUGAACAAAUUGCAGACGAGUUGGUUAGCUUGUCUCUUCUUCCAACAUCACGGUGGUUGAACUUGUUAAAUUUGGACAUUAUUCAAGUAAGUUGUCUGUAAUUUAUCUGUAAACAUUUGAUAGGUUAUUAAUACUUUUGAACCAAAUUUUCAUUGAAAUGAAAAGUAUUGUUAAUAUCAUUUCUUCAGAAAGUAAACUUGUUUCAUUACAAUGUUAUAAAACUGUAUAAGUCAAGGGCAGUGGAAAUAUAAUCAUGUUAAAUUUUAAAAAAUAAAAUAAACUAUCAAUACCUCAAGAGAAAAUAAAGAUUAAUUUACAUUAAAAAACAGUUUUAUUAUUAUUUUUUUAUCCAAAGAACUAACAAUGUAAUUGAUGAGCAUGCUUGUACAAUUCAAAUUUGAAUGUAGAUGAUCACACAUCUGUUAAUUUAUUAUCAAAUGUAGAUGAGAAACAAACCCAAGGAACCCCCAAAAGCCCCCAAAGCAGCACCAUUCUUUUUGCCAACUAUUGCUGGGCUCCAGCCCCAGUUUGAUGUAACAAAUGCUGACUCCACUCAGAAAGUGGUGAGUACCAGCACCUGAUAGCCUUACAACAUUUCUUUAAUAGAGUGAUAUCUUUUGAUUAAUUUAAGUUAAUAAGAACUAAAAAUAAUUUGCAGUGCUAUUUCUUUUUAUGGGUGAUUAUGGUAUGUAACAUUUUCAUUACAGUUUCCAAGGAACUUUACCAUAGUGUUAAAAGAACCUUUUUUACAACCUUUAAAAACAGUUAUUAUUAUAGUGCAUAUUACACUCAUAGAUUCAUGUUUUGAAAAGUGCUUAUGGAUCUUAAUUCUAAUUUAAGUACUUUAUGCAGUACUACUUUUCUUUAAUAACACUGUUUUUGCUGCAACAAGAGUAAGUUAAACAUUUUUUAAAAAUUCAAAUGUCAUUGGAUUUUAUUAUUUGCACUAUAUGUUCAUAAAUGGAUCAACACUAUUUCCACAUUCACUAUGUAUUAAUGCUGAAAUUUUCUUAAAAAUCUUUCUAUAUUAUAGAUUAAAUAGGAAAGUGCAUAUAAGAACAUGCAUUUCAAAAAAUUGACAAUCUCUCAAUUAUACUGAUAUGAAGUAGAAGGAAAACCUUUAAUUUGAACCUAGACUAUAAAUCUUAAUUACUAAAGCUGUUUAUUUUCCAUAGCAAAAUUGUUAAGGAAAUAAGAUUAUUUUAUUUGUACCCAGGACUAUAAAUGCUGUCUAAAUUUAGUAAAAAUAUUUCUCUUUUCCCACAUCGAAGUCUGAAAGCCGCAUCAAGAGGCCACUUCUUGGAGCUUUGUCAGACCUUGCGGUACAGCUAACAAGAGCUCACCACAGCAGUUCCUGUAAGUAAAAGCUCUAAGUUGUUUCACUUCUUUUGUCACACACUCAAUGUUUUCUUUUUGGAUUUGUGAGUCCAAUCUCAUAAAUUGUCUGGACUUCAUAUGUGAUGUAAAACAUACUUUUAAGAAUUAUCAAUAUUAAGAAAUUAAUUAAUAAAAAAAUCUUUUUUUUUUCAACAGCACUAUAAGUUAUAAGGGAUAAAAUAGUUACACACAAUUUUUUCUUUUUUUGAAACAUAAUUUAAUAUUUUUUAGUUAAUGAACCACAUUAAUUUGCUAAUUAACUCAAAAUCUUUUAUUAAUUAAUUUCUUAAUAUUAAUAAUUCUUAAAAGUAUGUUUUAAUUCAUUUUUGGACACAUUUAUUUGCUAAAUCACUGAAUUGUCUUUGCUGUUUCAGAUGCAGAUGUUUUAAGAUCUAUGAAAGAGAUGGGUCCAUCAGCUAUUGACAGAGAGAUCAGACUUUUGUCAAGUGAUGAUGGUGGCAGUGAAGAUGUUAUGGUUUACUUUUUAGAAUACAUUGAGGCCACAUUGAAGUCGAAUAAAGAUUUUGAGCUUGCUCAUUCUUACCUAGCACUCUUUUUAAAGGUAAUAUAGACUUUAAAUUGAAAUUAAAUAUUUCCAAGAAUCUAACAUAAAAAAUGGUUUUGUGGUCAAUGCAAAAAAUUUGAGAUUUUUAUUAAUUAUUAUUUAAUCCGUAGUUUAAAAAAUUGAAAGCAUUAUGUCGUUCAAAAUCUCAGGGUUUUACAAGUUUUACAAUUUUACAGGAAACUUUGGGAGUUAUCAAGUAUUGAAAAAUUUGAAAAGAUCAUUUCUCAUUUAAUCAUAUUAUUUUAAAUUUUUAGAACUAAAAAUCUUUUUAAAAAUGUUUAAAUUCUGACUCUCAAGUUAUAGAGAGAACUAAAAAUCUUUUUAAAAAUUGUUUACAUUCUGACUUCUCAAGUUACAGAGAGGUUAAUAACCUAAACCACAAGUCAGACAACAUAAACGGAUUUCAGCAGCACUGUAUUUACUAUUUAAUUGAAAAAAAUAUUUCUAUUUCAAAUAACCAUUUCCAUCAGGUUCAUGGUGAAGAGGUGGCCAGCAAACACCAAAUUUCAGCAGCUCUUGAAAGAGUUGCCAACACUCAGUUACAUUCAUGGGACAGGAUACAGUUACUGUUACAAAAAUCUUUGGGGUUGGUGAAUUAUCUCAGAUCUGCUACAGUUUGAUGACAGAUGCUAUGAUGGAUAUUGAAUUAUAUACUUGGAGGAAUAGAACCUGCUAAAUGUUAUUAAAUCCAGUUUAUGAGUUUUUGCGUGUUCAGACAUCUUACAGUAAAGAUGGAAUAAAGUCUGCUCGAGUUUAAAAGAGA